AACCCCGUUGAGACUUGAGACCGAGACGGCAAAAAGUGAGCGGAGAGGGGAAGCGGGACUGUGGGGCUCCAGCAGCCCAUAGGCCAUAGCUAGUCGGGUUAAAGCCCAAAAAGAGAGUAAACCCUUAUCUCUCUCCUUAAACCCUCUCUCCCUCCCUCAAAUCUCUCUCUCAAAUCUCUCUGCACACAACACCGAUACACAUACAUACAUAGAUACACUGGUCGGAAUCGCAGUAUGUACAGAAGAAACCAGAGAUUAACCAGAGAGUUUCUCUACAGAAAGAGCUUGGAAGGGAAAGAGCGUCUCCUUUACGAGAAGAAACGCAAGAUCAGACAAGCUCUCGAAGAGGGAAAGCCGAUUCCUACUGAGCUCCGAAACGAAGAAGCAGCUCUCCGUCAAGAAAUCGAUCAUGAAGAUCAGAACACUGCCAUUCCAAGGUCAACCAUCGAUGAUGAGUAUGCAAGUGCAAACGAAAAAGACCCUAAGAUAUUGAUAACAACAUCACGCAACCCAAGUGCUCCAUUGACACAGUUUGUAAAGGAACUGAAGUUUGUCUUCCCAAAUGCGGAAUCUAUGAACCGUGGUGGUCAGGUUAUAUCAGAAAUUAUUGAGACCUGCCGAGCAUAUGAUUUUUCAGAUGUUAUAUUAGUUCAUGAACAUCGCGGUGUGCCAGAUGGCCUUAUAAUAACUCAUUUACCUUUUGGUCCAACAGCUUACUUCGGAUUACUCAAUGUGGUUACCAGACAUGAUUUGAAGGACAAAAAAGCUAUUGGAACGAUGCCCAAUGCCUACCCACAUUUGAUCCUCAAUAAUUUUUCAACGAAGCUUGGUGAAAGAACAGCUACCAUUUUGAAGCAUCUUUUUCCUGUGCCCAAGCCUGAUACAAAACGUAUUGUGACUUUUGCUAAUCAGUCUGACUACAUUUCGUUCAGGAACCACAUUUAUGAAAAGAAAGGAGGGCCCAAAUCUGUAGAGCUGAAGGAGAUUGGUCCUCGAUUCGAAUUGAGGUUGUAUCAGGUCAAGCUAGGAACAAUGGAUCAGAGCGAAGCUCAAAAUGAAUGGGUCAUUAAACCAUACAUGAAUACAUUCAAAAAACAGAAGAUUCUUGGAGAUUAACAGCAUUUAAAAUAAAUUGUGGCACCCUCUCUCUAACCCUCUCUCUAGAAUGAUACUGUUAUCGUAACUUAUUAAGUUGGGAUCUUUUUCCGUUGUGUUGUGUUGUAUUGUAGCUUUAUCCGAUUUAAAUAUUAAUUAUAUUUAAAUUCGAAGGUUCAUUAGUGAAAUUGGUCCCUGUAUUCUUGACUUGUUUUACAGGAAAAAAGAUUCUUGUGUUCA